AUGGCUCGCCUACUCAUCACCACGCUCACUACGUUCGCGCUCCAAGCUUUAGCACAAAACAACACAAACACCACCUUCGACCCGCUGGCCUUCGUUGACCCCCUCAUAGGCUCCACGAACGGCGGCAACGUCUUCGCGGGCGCCUCCCUUCCCUAUGGACUCGCCAAGGCCGUAGCCAAUGUCGACGGCCAGAACACGGGUGGCUUUGCUACAGACGGGAGCAACGUCACGGGCUUCAGCUCAGUCCACGACUCCGGGACAGGCGGGAACCCCAGCCUGGGUAACUUCCCGCUCUUCCCGCAAGUAUGCCCUGACGACGGCGAUGUGAAUAGCUGCAGUUUCCGCAUCGGGGAUAGGAAGCUGCCAUAUGUCAACGACAGCGUGGUCGCUCAGCCUGGGUACUUCAGUGUGCAGCUUCAGUCUGGCAUUAAAGCUGAGAUGACAGUUGCAGAGCGGACCGCGCUGUAUCGAUUCGAUUUCUCUAGUGCCCUUGGAGAUGGAGGGAAUGGUUCGGCUGGAGCUCAUUCGUUGAUUCUCUUGGACUUGACGGACCUGUGGCAGAGCCGUCAAAAUGCUUCCGUCAGUGUCGACCCGGAUACCGGCCGCAUGACUGGGAAUGGGACGUUUCUGCCGAGCUUUGGGGCAGGUUCCUACGUGAUGCACUUCUGUGUUGACUUUUUCGGGGCUGACAUAUACGAGGAUGGAGUGUGGGUGAACAACCGGGCAGGGACGGAGCCGAAGGACUUGUUUGUGACUAGGGGCUUCAAUCUGUUCUACCUCGAGGCAGGAGGUUGGGCUAGGUUCUCAGGACUAACAGACAAUAUAGUCACAGCCAGGAUGGGAAUCAGCUUCAUCAGCUCAGAACAGGCCUGCAGCACUUCCGAGUCUGAAAUUCCAGACCCAACAGAAGACUUUGAUGCCCUCGUCAGCACCGCGCAGAGCGCGUGGAGGCAAAAGCUAAGCCCAGUAUCCAUAGAUGCAGGUGGCGCCAGUGAGGACCUCCAGACCAGCUUCUGGAGCGGGAUAUACCGGGCGAUGAUGUCGCCGCAGAACUACACGGGCGAGAACCCGCACUGGGACAGCGGCAUCCCAUACUUCGACUCGUACUACUGUAUCUGGGACUCUUUCCGCGUGCAGCACCCGCUGCUCACCAUCAUCGACCCAGCCGCUCAGACGCAGAUGGUCAACUCGCUGCUCGACAUAUACCGCCACGAGGGCUGGCUGCCCGACUGCCAUAUGUCGCUGUGCAACGGCUGGACGCAGGGCGGCUCCAAUGCCGACGUCGUCCUGGCCGAUGCGUACGUCAAGAACCUCUCCGCUACUAUCGACUGGAGCCUUGCUCUGGAGGCGGUCACCAAGGACGCCGAGGUUGAGCCGCUCGAGUGGUCCAAGCAUGGCCGCGGGGGUCUCGCCAGCUGGAAGAGCCUGGGCUACAUCCCGUACCUGGACUUCGACCCGGCCGGCUUCGGCACUAACUCGCGGAGCAUAUCGCGCACGCUCGAGUACUCUUACAACGACUUCAACCUCGCCACGCUGGUACAAGGGCUGGGCAGGUCGGAUUUGUAUGAAAAGUAUCUCGCGCGGAGCACCAACUGGCAGGCCCUCUGGCGCGAGGACCAGACGUCCCUGAUCAACGGCAACGACACGGGCUUCACGGGGUUCUUCCAGCCAAAAUACGCCAACGGCACGUGGGGCUACCAGGACCCCAUCGCCUGCUCCACGCUGGCGGGCUUCUGCUCGCUGACGACCAACCCGUCCGAGACGUUCGAGGCCAGCAUCUGGCAGUACCAGUUCCUGGUCGCCCACGACACGGCGGGGCUGAUCUCGCUCAUGGGCGGCGACGAGGCCUUCGUCGCGCGCCUGAGCUACUUCCACGGCUCCGCGCUGGCGGACAUCUCGAAUGAGCCUGUGUUCUCGACCGUGUGGCUGUACCACUACGCCGGCCGGCCGGGCCUGUCCACCGCGCGCAUCCACGGGUAUAUACCCGGAUCUUUCACGGCCACGCCCGCGGGGCUGCCCGGCAACGACGACUCGGGCGCCAUGGGCAGCUUUCUCUUCUUCAGCAUGUUGGGACUAUUCCCCGUUGCGGGACAGGACGUUUACCUUCUCUCGGCGCCCUUCUUCCGCUCCGUGAGCAUCGCGCACCCGCUCACGGGCAAGACAGCCACAGUAAAAGUUGUAGAAGGGUGGGAUUCCGCGUACGAGAGCAUCUACAUACAGAACGUCACCGUCAACGGCCAGCCGUGGACGAAGAGCUGGAUCGGGCAUGAGGUCUUCACUGAAGGUUGGACGAUCGAGAUGAGUCUUGGGACGAGCGAGUCGGCGACGUGGGGCCGCGCCCUGGAGGACCGCCCGCCGAGCUAUGCGGCCGCGGCGCCGGGGUCGGAGCUGAUGCGGGCUUGA